GUUUGGAGGCUGCCACCAGGCUUGCGCGGUGGCUGUGGGAAACUCGGAAACAAGUUCACAUCUGUCUGUGGGAAACCUUCUGGCAACAGGAUGAGUCUGCAGUGGACUGCAGUUGCCACCUUCCUCUAUGCAGAGGUCUUUGUCGUGCUGCUUCUCUGCAUUCCCUUCAUUUCGCCCAAGAGAUGGCAGAAGAUCUUCAAGUCCCGCCUGGUGGAGUUGGUAGUGACAUAUGGCAACACCUUCUUUGUGGUUCUCAUUGUCAUCCUUGUGCUGUUGGUCAUCGAUGCUGUACGUGAGAUUCGGAAGUAUGAUGAUGUGACAGAAAAGGUGAACCUCCAGAAUAAUCCUGGGGCCAUGGAACACUUCCACAUGAAGCUUUUCCGUGCCCAGAGGAAUCUCUACAUUGCUGGCUUCUCCUUGUUGCUGUCCUUCCUGCUUAGACGCCUGGUGACACUCAUCUCCCAGCAAGCCACACUGCUGGCCUCCAAUGAAGCCUUUAAGAAGCAAGCAGAGAGUGCCAGUGAGGCAGCCAAGAAGUACAUGGAGGAGAAUGACCAGCUAAAGAAAGGAGCUGGUGUUGACCGAGGCAAGUUGGAUGUCAGGGACAUGGAGGUGAAGCUGGAGGAGGAGAACAAGAACCUCAAGGCUGACCUGAAGAAGCUAAAGGAUGAGCUGGCUAGCACUAAGCAAAAAUUAGAGAGAGCUGAAAAUGAGGCUAUGGCAAUGCGGAAGCAGUCUCAGGGCCUCACCAAGGAGUAUGAUCGCCUGUUGGAGGAGCAUGCGAAGCUGCAGGCUGUGGUAGAUGGCCCCACGGACAAGAAGGAGGAAUGAGGGCUCCUUCCUCCCCUGCCUGCAGCAGCUUCCACCUGGCACUGCUUCCUGAGAGCCUGGCAGCUGGCCGCUCCCUGCGGUCCUUCAGUCCCUCCCUCUGCUCUCCCACUCCCUCCCAUAGCUUCUAGCUUGUCAUCUUGGCUCCUCUCCACUCUCCCCACACACCACGGAGACCUGACUGCCACGUGUUCAGCAAGUUCAGAAUGAGUUUGCUGUUGUCCUGCCUAGCCCAGCCUAGCUUCCAUUCCUAAGAGUAUGGAAGGCAGGUAGAAGCUCUUGCAGCAGGGCAUGCCCCCUAUGGGGUGAGCCCCCUGUUUGUUUUGCUGUGUUGAUGUUUUCUUUGGUCCUGCAGGAGGGUGGGUGAAGCAGGCAGAGUCCAUUUUCUCUUGGGGGCAAUAAAGGUUGUAAUGAUGUGCACAUGGUG